AUGAUUCUGCAAGCUGUCCUGGCGUUUGCAACGCUGGGAUUGGCUGCCGAUUAUCCUGUCGUCUCCUUGUUCAUUCCAAAUGCCGACCCUCAAUCCUUGUUGGGUGAAGUUCUGGCAGCGCAAUCAGCAACUACUACAUACAGCAUCAACUGCCCGCACGGAAAAACCAAUAGCACCGAAUGUGGUAUGGGCCCUGGCCUAUUUCUGACCGCAGCCCCAACAACUGUCGAAUAUUUGAUAACCGCCGAAUCCGACAACUUAUAUAAUCAUGUCGUCUGCGAGGUCACCGAUCUCCCGACAGGGGCUUAUACAUGUACAGACACUGUCACCGGGCAAGGAGCCGCUACGCCUGGUACCAGCACCUCAACCAUCGCUUGGGACGAGUUAUCCCUGUUGCCGGUCACCAUAACAUCAACUGCUGAUGCCGUUGCAGCAACAGCGAAUGGACCCACUGCGACAAGUACUACAGAGGCUUCGCCCGGUAGCGAUGCAUCACCCGCUGCUGCUACCGCAGUCACUACCCCCGCGGCGGGUGUGGCCGCUGCUACAGGCGCCACUACGGGUGUGUCGGGCGUGGCUGAAAGGUUAACGUCUACUGGUCUCCUACUGUCUUGUGUCGCAGUUCAAGCUCUGGCAGCAUUGAUGUAG